UUCCACACCCUCACUCAAUUCUUCUUCUUUUUCUAAGUUUGAUUUUCAAACCAAUAACAUACGUAGCGGUUGAAGAAAAAAAGAUGGAGUCUUGCAGCUGAAAUAUUCAUUGUUUAUUAUCCCCCGUCGUGUGAAAAGGUGAAGUUGACCAACAAGGCCGUGUUUGUCUUGGUAUGAAAAGGAUCAGGUGUUGAAGUGUGGUUUCCUGAUUUGCUACCCAGCCGCCAUCUCCCUCUCCAAACAACUCCUCUGAUCUUUUAUAUUUCUCCCCUUCUCCCAUUCACUCCUUUAGCUUCAUCUGCAUGCGGUGAAUUGAAGAAAGAAGAAGUUGAAAAACUAACGACCUCCAAACCUCAGCUCGAGAAUAUGGAGUCUGAGACUGUAAUAAGCUCAAAUGGGGAAUUCACAGAAGAAUUUGAAGGCAAAACUGCCCAGAAAGUCAGAGUUUCUGAUCAUAUAAUAACUGGAUUGCAAUACACCAACCGAUCUGAUAGCUUUGUUGUGGAGAUGGAACGCUUUUCUCACCUAACACAACAACCAAAUUCAAGAAUUACUUUGCAGAGGAGUCAGGCAAGAAAAGGGUCAGUGAAGAAAACCAAUCAUCAAAAUGCAACCAAUGAGAAUUCCAUCAUCGCAUCUUCAUCAUCACCAAGAGCUGUUUCACACGGAGCUAGCACUCCUGAAAAGCCGAUGAUAGUGACUGCGGGGUUGGCCGCCGAUUCCCCUGCUCUGCAACCCUUUAAUAAUCAGAUAACCGUCGUUACCGGCGGCGACAUUAUCAGUUCCUCCCCGACUGAAAGAAGAAUCGGUGACAAGAAGUUUGGUUUCCGGCGGCUUCCGUCCUCUUCUUGGACCCUUGAUCCCAGAAGGAUCCUUCUCUUCUUUGCCACCUUGUCAAGCAUGGGAACCAUUUUACUGAUAUAUUUCACACUAUCCAUUGGCACCAAGCUUGGUGGAGAUAAUGAAACUGCUCUUAAUUAAGAAUGUUGGUCGAUCUAUGCUGUAAAUCUAAACCAACGAAACUGAUGUACACAUACAUAGAAGAAUCGAACAUAUACAUAUGCUACCUGGCCUGCUCAUAUGUAAGUAAGAUAGUUUAGUACAAAACUACAAACUCAGAAUAUUAGCUACAUAUACCAUGUAGCUUUACAUUUUAUUUUUAGUCACUGGCUGAUAGUAAGUGUCACUUGAUUAUAA